AUGUCUAACCGCUACUACAAAUCACGUCGUAUUCAAACGCGUCAACUGUGUGUUAAAAGCAAUAGAUUCCAGAACUCCGAAGCAAGAGAUCUAGAAGAAUUAUUUCAAGAAUGGAAUGGGAUAAUUCAUAUAUGUAAAAAACCAGAAUCGGAAGUAUCCAUGGUGAGCUCUUCUAAACUUUGGGAUUUGCUUGCCAACUCGGGUUCGAAAUAUUUCUAUGAAGUAACCGCCUUUAAAAUGGACUUACAAUACAACGGACAAUAUCGAAUGAUUGAGUUGAUAAGUUUUUUCGUUGUAAGAAAUAACAUUGAUGACUUUAUGCUUGUUCCAGGAUACGGGUAG